AUUCCAUUUUAUCACAACAUCCAAAUAUUGAAAAUGCCGAAUCAACUCCAAUACCAAUACCUUCAAUACCUUCAUUAAAAUUAUCUCAACCUACUUCAUCAAUAUCUAAUAAAUUCCAAAUUCCAACUACAUUUACCGCACAUCGUCCCAACCCUGUAUCUAAUCCUAAUAACUCUUCAAAUGCGGAUGCUUUGUUACCUGUAGAAAAUACUUUUGUUGCUAAAAGUCAACCAACUACUGCUGCUACUACAACAAAUGUCAUGGCUUCUUCUUCAAUACAUUCGGAUAUCCCUCCUAAUGUAGUUAUUCCAAUGCCAAUGCCAUUUGGUAGUCCGCCAGGCAACGGUCUAUCAUUUCCAUUUAAUAAUGCUUCAUAUAACAGAUUAAUUGACGAAGCAAGAACGCAAUCUAUACCGCAGGGUGACAGUGGUGUGAAUGCUAUAUUACAACAGGCCCAAUCUCAAUUGGGUCGUGGUGGUAGGAGGUAA